ACAAUAUAUGUCCCUACCCUUUAUCCGGUUGUUCCCGGGUGCACCUCUAGCCAAGGUUCGUGUUUACAUGAGUAUAAAUGUAUCUCCGUUGUAUAAAGUUUCAUGACGUGAGAGCCAUCUGCCACAUAACCCUUCCAACCCAACCUAUUAUUAGGGGCAUUUCUGUCCACGGAGAGUAUAUAAACUGCUCACGUCCACCCAGACCCAGCCGUGACACAAACACAACCAUAAACUGCUAGCGAGCGAGCUAACUUUCUCCGUCGGUCCUUCCCUUCCCAUCCCUCUACCAUUCUUAAAUCUUGCUCCCACCAGUCUGCUUACCUAAGCAUGACGGCGAAGGUACACCCGAACGUCGCCGCGCCGUCCCCAGGCCUCGGCCAGCAACCGGCGGUGGCGCCGGGCGACGGGGAACCGGCGGCGGUCACCCUGACGGUGUGGCGCAAGUCGCUGCUGUUCAACUGCAGGGGGUUCACGGUGUUCGACGCCCGCGGCGACCUCGUGUACCGCGUGGACAGCUACGCGUCCGACUCGCGCGCGGAGGUGGUGCUGAUGGACGCCGCGGGCCGCCCCGUGCUCACGGUCCGCCGCCGCUGCAGGAAGCUGAUCGGCCUGGUGGGGCUGGGGCUGUCGUCCGACCAGUGGCUGCUGUACCGGGGCGUGGACGAGGCCCGGCGCCUGCCGCCGCUCUACGCCAUGAAGCGGGCGGCCGCGCAAUCGCAACACAUGCGUGGAGGUGCCAAGUCCGUGGCGCACGUCGCGGCGUGCUCUGCGGGCGCCGGGUACGAGGUGGAGGGGUCGUACCUGCGGCGGCGCUGCACGGUGUACGAGUACGACGGGCGGCGGCGAGCCGUGGCGGAGGUGCGGCCCAGCCCCAAGGAGGCGGUGGGCUCGGACGUGUUCCGGCUGGUGGUGCGGCCCGGGAUGGAGGUGUCGCUGGCCAUGGCCGUCGUGCUCGCGCUCGACCAGAUGUUCGGCAAGCCGUCCCUGCUCAGGAGCUGGUCCUCGUAGCCUGUACAUCGCCGUGCCGUUCGUUCCAUUGGCAUGGCGUGGGUGCUUUGUUUCCCUUCUUUUGCGCCCCCCCCCCCCCCCCCCCCCCCCCCCCCCCCAAUGCAAUUGUUUUGGGCCCGGGAGGGAGCACGAUAAUUGCUCCUGGCUGCCUUUUUUUCUUCAGCUCCUCUUUGAUGCCAAAGCCGAUUAAACUGGGGUCAUAGAAAUGUGAACGUGGAUUGGAACUCCUCUUGCCGUGUGUGGGUUUGGGUUUUUUUUAACCAGGCAGUAAAAUCAUGCGCCUUGUAAAGACUAAAGAGGGACCUAAGUGUACAAUACUUAGAAAAAAAAGUUAUAGUAAGACAGAUUCCCUGUCUCUCUCUGCUUUCUCCCCA